GGUGUUUAAUGUAAAGCCCAUGUUUUAAAAGUGAAUCAUAUUCUUUUGACAUAUGCAUUUAGCACAUUGUUUUAAAUUUCACAUCUGGGAAAACAUUGGCGCGGUAACUUGGUAGUAUUUGUUGUAGAUGUUGGUAACCAUGUUCGAAUCGGAGGACAUGUCAAGUUUUCUGAGAGGUCGUAUUAGGAAUAGAAUUACCGGUGGACGGUACUAAUUUUUCGCAAUUGCGUGCUGUAUGUUAUAACAUUGAUAUGAAACGAUACCUCUUUUUUGUAUUCUGGUAGUAACAAACAGAUCAACAUGCCAGUCAUUCUUCUUGAUAGAUUACCAUUGCCGAGUUUACGGGCAUACACCGUCAUUAGUGUAGUGUUGCUGUCAUGUUCAGUUUAUUAUGCUGUACAAAUAACCAGUGAUCCAAAUUGGAAAGUGAAUUCAACUGCGUCAGGACCAAAUUUGAACACGAAUGAAAAUAAGUCGGAUGAAAGUGUAUCAUCAACUGGAGCCAAUUUCCAACAUAAAUCUUUGGGUCAUCACUUCAGUCAGUUGGUGACAUUUGUGAUUCAAGAACCACUUUGUAUAUGGACUCUGAUCAAUAUGGCGUACUGCUGUCUCAUCCUGCUUGGCAAGUUCAUCCAGAGGCUUGUGUUUGGGGAACUCAGAGUGUCUGAACAGCAGCACAUCAAAGACAAGUUUUGGAACUUUGUCUUUUACAAGUUCAUCUUUGUGUUUGGAGUCAUAAAUGUGCAGUACAUGGACGAAGUGGUGUUGUGGUGUUCGUGGUUCUCAGUACUGGGGUUUCUUCACCUUCUAGCCCAACUCUGCAAGGAUCGCUUUGAAUACUUGUCAUUCUCACCCACCACCCCUGGAUGGAGCCACAUUCGAUUGUUGGGUCUCCUGGCCAGCAUCCUAAUGCUCUCAGGCUUCAUGUUCCUCAUCUGUGUUGCUGUUGGCUUCUUUGGAGGCCUCAAUACAUUUGCCUUUAUGGUUGCUGAGUGCAUACAGUUGAGUGUGCAGACGCUUCAUGUGAUCCUUCGUUACGCACUGCACUUGUAUGAUAUGCGACAUGGUGGUGGGAGUGGAAGCCGAGUGUGGGAGAAGAGAGGACCAGUUGCCUACUAUACAGAGCUGACUUUUGAGUUGGCAGCACUUCUCAUUGACCUGAUCCACCAUCUACAUAUGCUUUUGUGGAGCAAUAUAUUCCUUUCUAUGGCAUCCUUAGUAAUUUGCAUGCAACUCAGAUUUCUAUUCCAUGAGAUUCAGCGACGAAUCAAGAAGCAUCGCACAUACCUCUGGGUUGUCAACCAUAUGGAGCAAAAUUAUCCAAUGGCUUCUGCUGAAGAACUUUCAAAAAAUUCUGACAACUGUGCCAUCUGUUGGGAGAAGAUGGAAACAGCUAGAAAAUUGCCAUGUAAUCAUCUAUUUCACAAUUCAUGUUUGCAGUCCUGGUUGGAGCAAGACACAUCAUGUCCCACUUGUAGAAUGGUUUUAAGUGUUCGAAGUCCAGCAGGUUUUUUGGCUGCAAAUCAUCUAGAGCGUAAUCUUCUGGCUGGAGAGAACCAGGUUAACAAUCAGGCAACGAACCGUAGACCACUUAAUCAUUUUUUCCAUUUUGAUGGUUCUCGCUAUGUGUCAUGGCUCCCAAGCUUUUCAGUUGAAGUGACUCAUACACAGUUACUGCGUUCUGAUCAACCUCAGUCAGCCCAAACGUCACAGCUGGAUGCAAUGGCUAGACAGAUACAACAGCUGUUUCCUCAUCUGACUGUGGCAACUGUGGUAGAAGAUCUACGAGUUACUCGCUCUAUGGAACUUACAAUAGAAAAUGUACUGGAUGGCCAAGUAGUGGCGCCUCCUCCCAUGUUUCAGAGGGAUACAGAACCUCCACUUCCAGAACUGGAGUAUUCUUCAGGACUAGUUGACAUACCAGCACCAAACUGGGAAGAUCUUUCAGAAAAUCAUGACGCUGACAGUAAUGAAGCCUCCAUAAAUCUUGGUUGCCGAUUUUCAAAGUCUUCAACAGAACGAGAGCGUAUCUUACAACUGCGCAAGGAGCAGCUGCUUAUGUUAGCAAGACGGCGGUACAUGGAACGCCACAAAUCAGGGGUUGCACAAAGAGACGUAACACAUAAGCAUGGGACAACCAGAGUCAGACACAGGCAUGCUGACAGUUGAAUGAUCAGCAUAGGUAACUUGUCGGCUUGUCAGUAUGCCAGUGUUGUAUCAAUUGGUAAGGUGGCCACUCCUUCCAUCCACCAUGUUUCAUACAUGGUCAUUGGUACCAAAUGUAGGAAAUUAGUUGCCAAGUUUCAAUGAGAAGUGGCACGUAUUUUGUGUCAGUAUGUUUAUGACAUGUCCAUUAGAAAGUUGCAACCCUCUUUUGAAAUCUGAAGUGAAAAAUAAUUUUUAACCUUUAAAAAAGUUGGUGGAUGCCAAACAUUCUGAGAUGAAAAUAUUUACAUUUUUGCUGAUGUGGUUGUCUCUGCCCUACCAACACCAGUUAUUUUAAUAUUUAACUUUUUUCUGUAUUAAUAAUUGUUGAAAUUGCUGUAGUUUUACCUGUGAUGUGUUUUAUACGUAGUACAGUAACAAAAAAUUCUGGACUCAGCUUAGACAUGGUCACUCUGGGCAAUAUUUUAUAUACAACUCAAGGAGAGUACUUUGGUAGUGGUUGUGGCUAGGUCAAGUCCCAUGAAUUUCUUUUACUGUAGUACAUAGUUAAUUUUAUGUCUUCAUGUUGAAAUGAGUCAAUGAAGGGUUUCUCUUCAUUGCAUUAGACAUACAUUUGCUAAUCAUUGGUCAUACUCCUGCUACCAAAGUCAUAUAUGUUGUAGUAUAAUGAAUGAUGGGACAUAAAACUUGCACAUGAUAGAUAGUGUGGUCUUCCUGAAUGAACAGAUAUAUCUAUAGCUUGAAUGUAGCAGCAGUGCAGCAGAUGCAUAUGUUUAGCUUGUAAAUCAUAAUAGCUGCCAGAUGAACAUCAUAGUAGUAUGUUCCAGCUACAGUUACAUGUCUGUAGUUAGGAAAUACAACUUAAUCAGAUUGCACUUGCCAGAAAUAACUAUUACAUACUAGCAUUGGCAGAGAAUACGCCUCAAAAUGUGAUGUAAAUAUGUAUCUAUAUUCCUAGAACUUACAGAAAAUAAUAUUUAACAUAUUUGCUUAGAUUAUGUUUAAAUAAGACUGAAUCCUCUCAGCAGUGAAUUAAAAGUAAUACAGCUUCUUGUGUUGUAAGAUACAUGCAGGCAAGGAUAUAAAUCAGUAAAUUCAAAAUUUAGAUUCUGAAGAAAGUUAUGAGACAUACAAAUUAAUGUCCGAGUGCUGUUAUGUGCUGAUGAAAAAUGAAAUGGGUAUUUCAUAUUUUACUGUCAAACUUUGGUGUUGAUUUUUAACAACUCCAGAUCUCAAAGCACAUAGGAGUGUAGGAAGUUGAAAUUUUGCACUGUUUUCAUAGGGGAAGCUUAAGGAAUACUAACCAACUAGAAUUAGUUUGGUUUAAAUCCAAGGUGCGACACAUAAACAUUUUUGUCACUGGAAUCAUAUAACAGAUCUCCCAUCUGACUGUAGAUGUAGUAUUGUAAAUAUCAUUUUCUAAGUAGUUUAAGUCAGUUCAAUGCAAGAGCUUAAACAGUUGCAAGGAAGUACAUUCCGACCACAGAGAUUGGUUUACUGCUUAUGAAAUAUCCUUCAAAUAGCUGCAUCCUUUAUGUGAUGAAAAAUGUACCAUAUGUAUGUAAAUUCACAUUGGUGUUCAUUGCUUUUUUUUAUUCCAGUGCAUAUUUCACAUACAGAAAAGAACUAAGUUGAUAUUUCCCUUUUUAACCCUUGAAAAGGUUAAUUCUUAAUGAGGCUUUCAGAGCACUGAGAAAAGUGAAUUAAAUCUUCAUUAUUAUGAUAUGAAGUAAAUUUUGUUGUUGUUAUUGUUAGUGCAAAGAAAUUGAAUUUUGUAUCGAUAAUGUGAGAUUGAAUAGUUCAGAGUGGAAAUUGCAUUUAAUAAAGGUGUCGUAAAGCAUUGGG